GGAUCUACCGGAUCGCUCACGGGAGGAAGGUGGUGCGCCGAGUGGCUUCUCUGCUCUUCCAAGAGCCGAAGCAGCAGCUGGUGGAUGAAGAAGAUACCAAUAAGAGCACUCCAGACAACUGAGAAUAACCAACAACUUUGAAAAUGAAAGCAAAUUGAGCCUUCAGAAAAGCAUACAUUUCUUCUCUUUCCCCAGCUGGUGAGAGACAAAGGGGAGAAAAUCAAGAAGAGAUUUCAAACUGGAAAAAAUAGAGUAUGCAAAACUCAACAAUAGAUUACAUGAAAAAGUCAAAGGAGAUUAUUUUUUCCAUUCAGAAAAAAGGGAAAUAUCUAGAAGUGAGUGAGGAGGAAAAAGACAAUUGGAUAACCACAAAAGGUAGACAUUAAUGCAGGCCUUGCCCUAUGAGGAAGAAAACAGUAUCUUGAAUCAAAGCUCCAAGCAACAAAGGACCACAUGUAUUUUUGACCUCUUCAAGAACAUCCGUGCUGGAAAAGCUCAAGAGAUGUGUCUAUUGUGGGAAAAGCACACAUAGCAAAUCACAGAUUAUCCAUAUCAGGAUCCACACUGGAGGAAAGCCAUAAAAAUUAUUCAAAUGUGGAAAAAGAUUUAGUUAGAUCAGUUCCCUUGUGUUUCAUGAAAGGACCCAUACAGGAGAGAAGCCCUAUAGCUGCUCCCAAUGCAAUAAACCCUUUUGCAAGCAUGGCAACUUGGUGAUACAUGAGAGCACUCACAGGAGGACAAACCCCUUUGAAUGUGCUGAUUGUGGGAAAACUUUCAGUCAGAAUUCCAACCUGGUGGUGCACUAGAGGAUGCACACAGGAAAGAAAUCAUAUAACUGUCCUGAUUGUGGGAAAGGUUUCAUUGCAAAUUCCCACCUGGUAAUACACCAGAGGACUCACACAGGAGAGAAACCCUUUGAAUGUUCUGAUUGUGGGAAAAGUUUCAGUCAAAGGUCCAGCUUGGUGGUACACCAGAGGACUCACACAGGGCAAAAAUCCUUUGAAUGUCCUGAUUGUGGGAAAAGUUUCAGUCAAAGGUCCAGCUUGGUGGUACACCAGAGGACUCACAAAGGAGAGAAACCCUUUCAAUGUUCUGAUUGUGGCAAACGUUUCAAUUGGAAUUCCAAUUUGGUAGUACACCAGAGGACUCACACAGGAGAGAAACCCUUUGAAUGUCCCGAUUGUGGGAAAAGUUUCAGUCAGAAUUAUGACCUGGUGAACCAUCAGAGGACUCACACAGGAGAAAAACCCUUUGAAUGUCCUGUUUGUGGGAAAAGUUUCAGUUUGAAUUCAAAUUUGGUUAAACACCAGACGACUCACACAGGAGAGAAACCCUUUGAAUGUCCUGAUUGUGGGAAAAGUUUCAGUUGGUUCUGCAGCCUGGUAGUACACCAGAGGAUUCACACAGGGGAGAAACCAUUUGAAUGUCCUGCUUGUAGCAAAAGUUUCAAUCAGAAUUCUGAGCUGGUGAAACACCAGAGGAUUCAUACAGGGGAGAAACCAUUUGAAUGUCCUGAUUGUGGGAAAUGUUUCAGUCAGAAUUCAAGCCUGGUGAUUCAUCAGAGGACUCACACAGGAGAAAAACCCUUUGAAUGUUCUGAUUGUGGCAAAUGUUUCACUUUGAAUUCCCAUUUGGUUAAACACCAGAGGACUCACACAGGAGAGAAACCAUUUGAAUGUCCUGAUUGUGGCAAAUGUUUCAGUCAGAAUUCAAGCCUGGUGAUUCAUCAGAGGACUCACUCAGGAGAGAAACCCUUUGAAUGUUCUGAUUGUGGAAAACGUUUCAGUUGGAAUUCCAAUUUGGUUAAACACCAGAGGACUCACACAGGAGAGAAACCCUUUGAAUGUCCUGUUUGUGGGAAAUGUUUCAGUCAGAAUUCAAGCCUGGUGAUUCAUCAGAGGACUCAUACAGGAGAGAAACCCUUUGAAUGUUCUGAUUGUGGAAAACGUUUCAGUUUGAAUUCCCAUUUGGUUAAACACCUGAGGACUCACACAGGAGAGAAACCCUUUGAAUGUCCUGAUUGUGGGAAAAGUUUCAGUGAAAGGUCCAGCUUGGUGGUACACCAGAGGACUCACACAGGAGAGAAACCCUUUGAAUGUCCCGAUUGUGGGAAAAGUUUCAGUCAGAAUUCUGAGCUAGUGAAACACCAGAGGACUCACACAGGAGAGAAACCUUUUGAAUGUCCUGAUUGUGGGAAAAGUUUCAGUCAGAAUUCCAACCUGGUGAAACAUGAAAGGAGUCACACAGGAGAGAAACCCUUUGAAUGUCUUGAUUGUGGGAAAAGUUUCAGUCAAAGGUCCAGCUUGGUGGUACACCAGAGGACUCACACAGGAGAGAAACCCUUUGAAUGUUCUGAUUGUGGCAAAUGUUUUAGUUGGAAUUCCCAUUUGGUUAAACACCAGAGGACUCACACAGGAGAGAAACCCUUUGAAUGUCUUGAUUGUGGGAAAAGUUUCAGUCAAAGGUCCAGCUUGAUGGUACACCAGAGGACUCACACAGGAGAGAAACCCUUUGAAUGUUCUGAUUGUGGCAAAUGUUUUAGUUUGAAUUCUCAUUUGGUUAAACACCAGAGGACUCACACAGGAUAGAAACUUCUUGAAACAUGGUGUCAGAAGUGGGAUUGAAAAGCCCUGAUAAGCCAUCAUUACAAGUAUAUAUCUACAUAUGACAGAAACCGAAAAUACCUCACAGGAGCAGCUGAAGGCAACUGCUGGAGAUGCAUGAAAUGCAUCUCAAACUAAUCCUGCCAACACAGAAGACAUAACCACUGUAACAAAUGUCUUAAUUGUGGCAGAGGUUUCAGUGAGAAUUCCAAUCUGGC